UGAACUGCCACUUCAUUCCUCUCCAUCAUUCCUUUCUUUUCUCUCCCUCUCUCUCUCUCUCUCUCUUUUCAUGCAUUCACUUAACAAGCUGCAUCUUACUAAUACCAUUUAGAAAGCUCCUCCGACAACUAGACGUCCGAAUGUGCGAUCCAACUACCAUGAUUAAAACCAAGAAUACUCGCCGGAGACGGCGGCUGAGAGUUCGUAAACUGAGGUACAAAUGGCAGAGGAAUGUGCACGCGAUAGAGGAAAGUGACAGCAACGAGUUAGGCCAUAAUGGACCUUCCGAAUCCAAUUCUGAUCCACUGGUACUCUCCGAGAAUGAAUCGAUUUCGGCCUUGGAUUGUGGAGUGUACAGUGAGAUGUCGAUUAUAGGGCGGAGAAAGGAGAUGGAAGAUGAAGUGAGAGUGGAAUUGGGAUUGACGGCGAUUAAUGAUGAAAAGUACAAUUUUUUUGCAGUGUAUGACGGACACGGUGGCGCUCAGGUGGCGCAGGUGUGCCGUGAACGGUUGCACCAGAUUGUGGCGGAGGAGAUUGUGGGUUGGGGAGAGAUGGAUGAGGCGGAGUGGGGGAAGUUGAUGGAGAAGUGCUUUGAGAGAAUGGACGACGAAGUGAACAGAGGUGCUGCUGCGAUGAAGACGGUCGGCUCGGCCGUGGUUGCGGCAGUGAUUGGGAAUGAGGAAGUGGUGGUGGCCAAUUGCGGCGAUUGUCGAGCCGUUUUAGGUAGGGAUGGAAUUGCGCUGCCCUUGUCUGACGAUCAUAAGCCUGGCAGAACUGAUGAGUUGAAGAGAAUUGAAUCUGCCGGUGGAAGGGUCAUAAACUGGAAUGGCUACCGGGUGCUAGGAGUUCUUGCCACUUCAAGAUCCAUCGGUGAUGAAUAUCUCAAACCAUUUGUUAUCUCAAAACCAGAAGUGACUGUGACCAAGAGAACCGACAACGAUGAGUUUCUCAUACUAGGAAGUGAUGGUCUAUGGGAUGUUGUUUCGAAUGAAAUUGCCUGCAACAUAGUGAGGAGAUGUUUUGGAGGCAAAUUGAAGAGGCUUUCGUUGAAAGUAGAGAAUGACAGCCAUGUUGCUGAAGCUGCAGCAGUGUUGGCAGAGCUCGCGGUGGCUCGUGGAAGCAAGGACAACAUCAGUGUAAUAGUAGUAGAUUUGAGGAAACCAAAACGUUCCUCUCCAUGAUGCAGCACAUAUAUCUUAACUUCUGCUUGCUGUGCCAUCCAUAGCAUUACCAGAAUCUCAAGGCUUCGUGCUUUCGUGUAGACUUUUUCAACUCGACUCUACUGCAAGCUCGCCGUGGAUUCAUUUUGUCUGUGGAUAGAGGUAAUUCUAUGGUAAUCAUAUGCUAAAAAUGGGUGUAGAACCAAGAAGUAACUGCAAUGAUAAUAUAACAGCUAAUUCAUUUUCUUUAUAACUUGUUCUUCAAUGUAUGUAUAUUGAUAUCUUACAUAGACUGGACUUGUGUUUUCUAUGUUUGAGAGUGUCUAAAAGACGAUGUUCUUCUCAACCGAGGGAUUUUAAGUUUUAUGGAAUGACAUUACUUUGUCUUUUCAUGUUA